AUGAAUUCCAGCGCAAGACGGCUCAUUUCAGAAAAACAAACGGUUUCAUACCAGUUCUGUUUACUUCAGGCUUUUGUAGCAUACUGGUACGGAACGUCUGAGUUCACGUUGUUAUCAGCGAUGGCUUAUGACAGAUACGUGUCCAUCUGUAAACCAUUACAAUAUUCAACUAUUAUAAAAACGUCCACUGUAAGAAAACUAAUAUUUUUAUGCUGGUUCUUACCUUGCUUUCAAAUUUGUAUUGGCCUAAUAUUAACAUUACGACUUGAUCUGUGUAAAUCCAAACUGAACCGAAUUUACUGUGAUAAUUAUUCUGUUGUUAAAUUAAGUUGUAGAGAAACUACUGUAAACAAUUUAUUUGGACUUCUUUUCGGCAUUGUUGUAUUUCCACCUGUGAUCUUCAUCAUCUUCUCGUAUAUUAGAAUUCUUACUGUGUGUUUGAGGAACUCAAAGGUGUUCAGGAGAAAAGCUCUCCAGACCUGCUUACCUCAUCUUAUCAUUGUCAUUAACUUUUCUGUCACUAUUAGUUUUGAUAUUAUAAAUAACAGACUGGAAUCUAAUCAGAUUCCUCACAUUAUUGAGAUGAUACUGUCGAUCAAUUUUUUUGUGAUUCCUCCUCUGUUCAAUCCGAUUAUAUAUGGAUUAAAACUUCAGGAGAUUUUUAACAGCAUUAAGAGGCUGAUUUCAUGUCAAAAUAGAGCCAGAGUUUCUUUUUAG